AUAAGCCAAUUUAACCAAAACAAACAUUAUUAACGAAGAAAAAUUUGAACCUAACCCUUCGAAACGUUAAGGAAUGGUGGUAAGAAUCAAAAGUUGUUUGGUUCUGUUCGUGUUCCCUUCGUUCAAACAGCGUACGUAGCAAGCAUGAAAAUCCCUAAAACCGAUAGAAAACCGACAAAGCAAAACGAAAUCUACGAAGCACCUAAAAACUGGUACACGGAUUCCUUUGAGGAACCCGCAAAUUUCGAUCCUGUAUCAGAACAAAUUCUGAUCGAUUUAAAGGAUGAGGCUAGGCGAUGCCUGGAUCAACUGAUACAAUCGAAAGUCGGUAAAGCCAACGCCGGGAGCAGGAACAAAUGGAUGACGACCAUGAUGUCGGGGGGCACCGUUUCAGAUAAAAUCGCUGCGCACGCUUUAACCAUACAAGACAACCCACUGUGCAGUUUGGAAACCCUACAGAACCUCAUCGCGUUGGUCAAAGUGGGCAAAAAACGGGAAUGCUUCACUGUAAUGGAAACACUCACCGAUCUAUUUUUGACGUACUUGCUUAAACCUAGGGAAUGCCUAAAAGUGUUUGACAAGAGACCCUUGUCGCUUUUGAGCGAUUUAUGUUCAGGUGAUGGUGUGAAACGGAGAAAAAUGUUAGCACUGUGGUACUUUGAGGAUCAGCUUAAAGAAAUUUUUCACAGUUUUUUGAAAGCUUUGAAUGCUGCUGCGCAAGACACGGUUGAAAAAAAUAAAGAGAAAGCGCUAACUGCCAUGUUUAAGCUUCUAGUUGGCAAUCCGGAGCAGGAAAAGAUAUUGCUAGCGUCCAUUGUCAAUAAGCUAGGGGACCCAUCCCAGAAGGUUGCGUCCAAGGCCAUAUAUUGUCUCACCCAGCUGCUAAUCAGACGCCGCAAAUGGCAGUCAAACAAGCAGGAGAUGGUCCUCAUUGAAGUGGAGCGACUACUCUUCCGUCCCAACAUAUCGGGCCGAGCCCAGUACUACUGCCUUUGCUUCCUGAGUCAGUUUUAUCUCAACCACGAUGAGCCGGAAGUCGCCAAAAAGCUCAUACAGCUCUACUUGGCCUUUUUCAAGGCGUGCGUUAAAAAGGGCGACGUCGACAGCCGGAUGAUGUCCGCCAUUUUGAUGGGCAUAAAUCGUGCCUACCCUUAUUCAAAAAUGGAAUUCGACGAUAUGGCCGAACACGUGGACACUUUGUACCGACUUGUUCAUCUGGGAAGCUUCAACGUGAGCGUCCAGGUGCUCGCGUUACUGCAACACGUCACCUUGGACAAGAUGGCGGACAGGUUUUAUGGCGCGCUGUAUCGCAAGCUGUCGGAUCCACGAUUGCUGAACACGUCCCACCAGGCGAUGCUGUUGUCUUUGGUGUAUAAAGCGGUCAAAAAAGACACGCAAGUGAACAGGGUGAAAACGUUCGUGAAACGUCUGCUCCAGGUGUCUCUGUUCGUCCAACCGGCAUUUUGCUGCGCCAUUUUGUACACCGCGUCCCAGUUGAUUGGUAAAAAUGGCGACCUGCGCCCUUUAAUACUGAAGCAAACAGAGUUGCGCCUGGAAGAUGAUGACGGCGACGACGAAGAGAAGUAUUACGACAUUAAAGAUGAAAACGAUGCGACGGAGACGCCAUCUGAGGGUGAAAAAGCAGCCCCGCCCACCGACGUAGAAGAAGAAGAGAAACCCGACCCGGAAUUGUUGAAUGCCUCUCUGGAGUUGAUCCGGGGACCCGGAUGGUGUCACCGCGACCUGGCGGGCGGUGAAUCGCGCAGGCCCCGCCUCAAAUAUAAUCCGUUGGCGCGAAACCCCCUAUACGGGGGUGGCGAAUUUUGCGCCUACACCGAGUUGCUGCCGCUGGCGCGUCACUUCCAUCCAACCGUCUCGCUUUACGCGAAAAACCUAUUGGAAGGCGCCCCGAUCAAGUAUUCCGGGGACCCGUUGAAGGAUUUCACCCUUAUUCGCUUCCUCGAACGGUUCGUGUUCAAGAACCCCAAGAAAAGCGAGGAAAAGCCGGGCAUUCAUCCCACUUUGGGCGCGCGGAAGUUCUACAAGCCGCGGGGGGUGAAGUUGCUGCCCGUGAGGUCGAAAAACUACAUGAACGCGGACACCAAAAGUAUCCCUGUGGAAGAGCUGUUCUUGUACAGCUACCUUCAACGGCGUUAUCAGCACCAGGACUUGAACGAGGAAGAAGACAGCGACUUGGAGUCGGUGGGUAGUGAUGAGUUUGAGGAAAUGCUCGAUAAGAUGGCCGGCGCGGACAACGCAGAGGAGGCGGACAUCGAUUUUAUGCCCGAAAUGGGCAAAGUCUCCGGAAAAACAAAGAGGAAAGCGGACGACGGAGGGGACAGCGAUUUGGAGCCCAACGACGAAGACUUGGAUUUGAUGGACGAUUUGGAGGACGACGAAGAGGAGGAUAUGGAGUUCGCCGAGGACGACGCAAAAGGGGACGUUUCGGCGCUGUUCGCGUCGGCGGAGGAGUUCGCGUCGCUGUUGGAGGAGGAGGGGGCGUCGAAACAGAAGCCCGGUAGUUCAAAUGCGCUACAGAACGAGGACGCUGCAAGUCGGAAGCAGAUCGCGUGGGAGGAGAAGAGAAAUCGUUGGAUACAGGGCUUCGAUAGGACGAUCAAAAAAAGGCCCCGUCGCGACCGGUCUUUCCGCGAGCAGAACAAAAAGUUAAGAAAACUGUAAUUUUUAUUAAUAAAUCUAUCG